GGGCGCCUCCUGGCGGCCGGGCUGCCCCCGGGCUCCUACGCGUCCCUAGAGGAUACUUCUGACAAGAUGGAUGGAACAGCUUCUGAAGAUGGUCGUGUACGAACAAAGCUUUCGACACCUUCUGUUGGCAUUGGCAAUUCUAAAACAGAUUCAAGAGGACGGAGUAGAACCAAAGUGGUGUCACAGUCUCAGCGUUCUUCAUCGCCAGACAGCAAUGAAGCUGGCAGUAGAUCUGGGUCUCCUGGAAGAGUUCUGACAACAACUACACUUUCCACUGUGAACACAGGAGUUCAGAGGGUGUUAGUGAAUCCUGCAACUGCACAAAAACGGAGCAAAAUCCCACGGAGUCAGGGGUGCAGUAGAGAAGCAAGUCCUUCCAGAUUGUCAGUAGCACGAGGCAGCCGCAUUCCUCGCCCUAGUGUGAGUCAGGGGUGCAGUCGGGAGGCCAGCCGUGAAAGUAGCAGGGACACGAGCCCUGUCCGCUCUUUCCCACCCCUGGGUUCCAGCUUUGGAAUUAGUCAGUCGAGUCGGUUGUCAUCAUCAGUUAGUGCUAUGCGAGUUCUGAACACGGGUUCUGACGUGGAAGAGGCAGUAGCAGAUGCUUUGAAGAAGCCUGUGCGAAGAAGAUACGAGACCUAUGGGAUGUACUCAGAUGAUGAUGCCAACAGUGAUGCAUCAAGUGCCUGUUCAGAAAGGUCCUAUAGCUCUAGAAAUGGAAGCAUACCAACAUACAUGAGACAGACAGAAGAUGUGGCUGAAGUCCUAAAUCGCUGUGCCAGCUCCAACUGGUCAGAGAGAAAAGAAGGCCUUCUAGGCCUGCAAAACUUGUUAAAGAACCAGAGAACUUUAAGUCGUGUUGAGUUGAAAAGGUUGUGUGAAAUCUUCACAAGGAUGUUUGCUGAUCCUCACAGUAAGAGAGUGUUCAGUAUGUUCUUGGAGACGCUGGUGGACUUCAUCCAGGUCCAUAAAGAAGAUCUUCAGGACUGGUUGUUCGUGCUGCUAACACAGCUGUUGAAAAAGAUGGGUGCUGAUUUGCUUGGCUCUGUGCAAGCAAAAGUUCAGAAGGCACUCGAUGUCACAAGGGAAUCUUUUCCAAAUGACCUCCAGUUCAGUAUUUUGAUGAGAUUUACUGUUGACCAGACCCAAACACCUAGCCUGAAGACAGUGAAGCCAGCACUGCAGGACCAGCUUCGCUCUUUUUGGAGCUCAAAGGUCAAAGUUGCAAUCCUUAAAUACAUAGAGACUCUUGCACAACAGAUGGAUCCAGGAGAUUUUGUAAACUCAAGUGAAACUAGGUUAGCAGUGUCUCGAAUCAUCACCUGGACCACAGAACCUAAAAGCUCAGAUGUUAGGAAGGCUGCACAGUCAGUGCUGAUUUCUCUUUUUGAACUCAACACUCCAGAGUUUACAAUGCUGUUGGGUGCUUUACCAAAAACAUUUCAGGAUGGAGCCACAAAGCUUCUCCAUAAUCAUCUCCGGAAUACAGGCAACAGUGGUCAGGGAUCAAUGGGAAGUCCUUUAACAAGACCUACUCCACGCUCCCCAGCAAGUUGGUCAAGUCCUCUCACAUCCCCAACCAAUACAUCACAGAACACACUGUCACCAAGUGCAUUUGACUAUGACACUGAAAACAUGAAUUCUGAAGAUAUUUACAGCUCUCUCCGUGGAGUCACUGAAGCCAUUCAGAAUUUCAGCUUCCGUAGUCAGGAAGAUAUGAAUGAGCCUGUAAAAAGGGAUUCCAGAAAAGAUGAUGGUGACUCGAUUUGCAGUGCUUCGGGAAUAGCGGGAGGUGGUGUGAGUGACACCGGCCGAACAGCCCUGGAUAACAAAACCUCCUUACUCAACACGAUGCCUCCCCACUCCUCCCCACGCUCACGAGAGUAUAACCCAUACAAUUAUUCGGAUGGUAUCAGUUCAUUUAAUAAAUCUGCUUUGAAAGAAGCCAUGUUUGAUGAUGAUGCAGAGCAGUUUCCUGAUGAGCCUCCUAUGGACCAUUCUGACCUGGUUGCAGAGUUACUUAAAGAGUUAUCAAACCACAAUGAGAGAGUUGAGGAAAGAAAGGCUGCCCUGUACGAGCUCAUGAAGUUAACUCAGGAAGAGUCUUUCGGUGUUUGGGAUGAGCACUUCAAAACAAUUCUGCUUCUGCUGCUUGAAACACUUGGAGAUAAGGAGCAUGCAAUUAGAGCUCUGGCAUUGAAAGUUUUAAGAGAAAUUCUAAGAAACCAGCCAGCAAGGUUUAAGAAUUAUGCAGAGCUCACCAUCAUGAAGACGUUAGAAGCACAUAAGGAUCCCCAUAAGGAGGUGGUGAGAUCUGCUGAAGAAGCUGCUUCCAUGCUGGCCACUUCCAUUAGCCCAGAUCAGUGCAUCAAAGUUCUUUGUCCGAUUAUCCAAACUGCAGAUUACCCCAUUAAUCUGGCUGCAAUCAAAAUGCAGACAAAAGUUACAGAAAGAGUAUCUAAAGAAACCCUUACUCAGCUUUUACCAGAGAUUGUGCCAGGUCUAAUACAGGGUUAUGAUAAUUCAGAGAGCAGCGUUCGUAAGGCAUGUGUUUUCUGCCUUGUAGCCAUUCAUGCGGUAAUUGGCGAUGAACUAAAACCACAUCUCAGUCAACUCACUGGCAGUAAAAUGAAAUUAUUGAACCUUUACAUCAAACGUGCACAAACAGGCUCUGGACCAGGGGAUGCCACUGCAGAUAUGGCUGGACAAAGCUAAUGAAGCUGACAAGACUCACCCAGGUCUCCUAAAGCAAGGGCACGGCCCUCUGCCAUGAAAGGAAAAUUCUUACAUACAACUUCUGGAACUUUUCUCUUGGGGUUUUUUUUUCUCUUUUUUUUUCUUUUUCUUUUUUUUUCUUUUUUUUUUUUUCUUUAACCAAUGGCUGCCCUCAGCCUGCAUGUGACUGUUGCAAUAGAAUUAUUCCAUUAUUCCCAAUCCAAGGAAAACCAGUAUUAACAUCAGUUGAUCAAAGCAGAAUAAAACCUAAAAUAAUCU